UCAAAGAAUCACGAGCCAGGCGGGAAAGUUGGUUAUUCGUUCUGACCAAUCAAUUCACUCGUGUAGCAACGCCGCUGCGGAGUGUCUUCAGCGGAGAGGGACGAGGAAGCGAACAUAUUAGUCUAUAAGAUAAACGAGUUAUUUUUUUCUUCCAAUUUUAUACCGAAGGAGAUACUUCAGCGUAAACCAAGAACGAUGACUGGUUCGAACGAGUACAAACUGAACCAGGGACCGGAGGACAGUAUCUCUGCUGUGAAGUUCAGCCCCAGUACAGGCCAGUUCCUUCUAGUGUCCUCUUGGGACUGUACUGUCCGGCUCUACGAUGUGGCUGGCAACUCCAUGAGGAUCAAGUAUUCUCACCUGGCACCUGUGCUGGAUUGUGCUUUCUACGACCCUACACAUGCCUGGAGUGGAGGCUUGGACACGCAGUUGAAAACCCACGACUUGAAUACAGAUCAAGAUACAAUAGUUGGGACACACGACGCCCCCAUUCGCUGUGUGGAAUACUGUCCAGAGGUCAACGUCAUGGUAACAGGUAGCUGGGAUAGGUCAGUCAGGCUGUGGGACCCCAGGACCCCCUGCAACGCUGGCACCUUCACACAACCUGAAAAGGUGUACACCCUCUCUGUGGCUGGUGACCGGCUGAUAGUGGGGACAGCAGGGAGGAGGGUGUUGGUCUGGGACCUGAGGAAUAUGGGCUACGUCCAGCAGAGGAGAGAGUCCAGUCUGAAAUACCAGACGCGAGCCAUCAGGGCCUUCCCUAACAAACAGGGCUACGUCCUGAGCUCCAUAGAAGGACGUGUUGCUGUAGAGUACCUGGACCCCAGCCAGGAAAUGCAGAAGAAGAAGUACGCCUUCAAGUGCCACCGGCUGAAGGAGAACGGCAUAGAACAGGUUUAUCCUGUCAACGCCAUAUCCUUCCACGGGGUCCACAACACCUUCGCCACAGGUGGCUCAGACGGCUUUGUGAACAUCUGGGACCCUUUCAACAAGAAGCGUCUGUGUCAGUUUCACCGCUACCCCACGUCUAUCGCCUCCCUGGCCUUCAGUAACGACGGCUCCACGCUGGCCAUCGCCUCCUCUUACAUGCAGGAGCAGGGAGACAUCAGCCACCCGGAGGACACCAUCUUCAUCCGUCAGGUCACAGACGCAGAGACGAAGCCCAAGUGAGUCGGGACAGUCCUCCUGUCUGAUUCACACGAUGGGGCCCGGUCUGAUUCUGAAACCGUGCUGCCUCAGGUAGUUUCUUUUCACGUUGUCUUCUUUCAGCACUGUUCGUUACAGCAACCACGAUACAGGAUUUACUGCAUGGGGGAUCCAGCCCAGUACAGCUCGGCUCGGCCCUAUAGUGUGAAGCAGAACAUCCGGUCCACAUCCCGGUGGUCUGGACCGCACCACCACACUGCCCCUCACACUUGUUUUGGUACAUAUGAAUGGCAGCAUUGACCAGGAGCAGGCAGCUGGUAUUUAUCUGGCCAUCCAGCUCCCUCUCCACCUUUUUCAAUAUCCCGUAGUUGACAGACCGAUGAGGACUUGACAAAAUGGCUGCCUCCUGAUCUGUUCUCUAGCUCUCUCUCCAACCCUUUUCAAUAUCCCCGUAGUUGACAGACCGAUGAGGACUUGACAAAAAUGGCUGCCUCCUGAUCUGUUCUCUAGCUCUCUCUCCAACCCUUUUCAAUAUCCCCGUAGUUGAUGGACAGAUGAGGACUUGACAAAAUGGCUGCCUCCUGAUGUGUAUGUGGAUCUGUGGCUCCAGGAGAGUCCUGAAGACAGCUGAAUGACUCCAUCUAUACAAAACAACCUUCGCUGACCUUUUCAUCUGCCUAUAUUUGUUGGAUUUAAAGUUUAUUUUUUAAAGUUUUUUUUUUACUGAUGCCAUUUAUUUGUACUUUAAAAAUGAAACGUGAAGCUUUAUUAACAGAUGUAGAAGGACUACACCCAUGUGUCUUCAGUUGUAUCUAGCCCCGCCCCUCUAAUAAACUGGUAGAAUUAGGUAGUAUCUAGCCCCGCCCAUCUCUUAAACUGGUGAAAUUAGGUUGUAUCUAGCCCCGCCCCUCUAAUAAACUGGUGAAAUUAGGUUGUCUAGCCCCGCCCAUCUCUUAAACUGAAAUUAGGUUGUAUCUAGCCCCGCCCCUCUAAUAAACAGGUGAAAUUAGGUUGUAUCUAGCCCCGCCCCUCUAAUAAACUGGUGAAAUUAGGUUGUAUCUAGCCCCUCCCCUCUAAUAAACUGGUGAAAUUAGGUUGUUGUGUCUAGCCCCGCCCCUCUAAUAAACUGGUGAAAUUAGGUUGUUGUGUCUAGCCCCGCCCCUCUAAUAAACUGGUGAAAUUAGGUUGUUGUGUCUAGCCCCGCCCCUCUAAUAAACUGGUGAAAUUAGGUUGUAUCUAGCCCCGCCCCUCUUAAUAAACUGGUGAAAUUAGGUUGUUGUGUCUAGCCCCGCCCCUCUAAUAAACUGGUGAAAUUAGGUUGUGUCUAGCCCCGCCCCUCUAAUAAAAUGGUGAAAUUAGGUUGUGUCUAGCCCCGCCCCUCUAAUAAACUGGUGAAAUUAGGUUGUAUCUAGCCCCGCCCCUCUUAAUAAACUGGUGAAAUUAGGUUGUGUCUAGCCCCGCCCCUCUAAUAAAAUGGUGAAAUUAGGUUGUUGUGUCUAGCCCCGCCCCUCUAAUAAAAUGGUGAAAUUAGGUUGUUGUGUCUAGCCCCGCCCCUCUAAUAAAAUGGUGAAAUUAGGUUGUUGUGUCUAGCCCCGCCCCUCUAAUAAACUGGUGAAAUUAGGUUGUUGUAUCUAGCCCCGCCCCGCUAAUAAACUGGUGAAAUUAGGUUAUUGUAUCUAGCCCCGCCCCUCUAAUAAACUGGUGAAAUUAGGUUGUGUCUAGCCCCGCCCCUCUAAUAAACUGGUGAAAUUAGGGUAUCUAGCCCCGCCCCUCUUAUUGCAUCACUCUUCUCAGACCAAUUGUAAAGGAAUAAGGUUUUUUCUGUAAUGACAUGACUAUUGAUUUGUCUAAAGAGUCGGAUAAAGACUAAAGACAAAAAUCCAAUUUUCUGCGGUAAUGCAUUUUCCAAUAAUCAAUAAAGACAUGUUAAUGACUCCA